CUGUACCCGCACGCAGGGCUCUCGGUAAAAGAUCUUUUCUCCCCCCACCACUUCCCCGGCAUUUGAACAACCGAUCUCUUCUAAUUCCUGUUUCACACAGCGACCACAAUCACAACAGUAUCAUCAUGGAAACUGAUCCUGGAUUCAUCGCCGCUCUGGAGGAGGCCAAGCAAGGGUUGGCCGAGGGAGGAGUCCCGAUUGGAGCUGCGCUGGUGUCGAAGGAUGGCAAGAUCCUUGGUCGCGGCCACAACAUGCGCGUCCAGAAUGGCAGUGCCGUCUUACAUGCUGAGAUGUCUGCGCUCGAAAAUUCGGGUCGUCUGCCCGCUUCGGCCUACGAAGGUGCCACCAUGUACACCACCCUCUCGCCAUGCGACAUGUGCACCGGUGCCUGUAUCCUCUACAAGGUGAAGCGCGUCGUUAUUGGAGAGAACAAGAAUUUCAUGGGCGGUGAGGAAUACCUUCUCAACCGUGGGAAGGAAGUCGUGGUCUUGGAUAACAAGGAGUGUAAGAAGUUGAUGGAGGACUUCAUCAAGGACAAGCCAGAGCUCUGGAACGAAGACAUCGCCGUAUGAGGAAGUCGAGAGAGAAGAUUGGCGGAUAUAUAACAGUGAAAAAUCCCAAAAUGUAUAUAGUAAAGAGACCAAAUGAGUCAUAAC